CCCAUAUAUCUUCCUCUUCCCUUUUCCUCCCUUGAUUCUCUCUCCGACACUUCCCAUGGCUUCCUCCUGUAGCAGCCUCGACACGUCGGCUAACUCACACCAGCAGAAUUGCUUCGGCUUCUCCUUCACUGACCUCCUCGCCACGGCGGGCGAUGUACCCCUGACUGCCAACGGUGGUGGUAACAAACGCAGUGGUGGGUUGUUGUUGUCGGAUCGCGUUGAUGAGAGGAACGGAUCCGGUGUGCCAAAGUUCAAGUCGAUUCCUCCUCCUUCACUGCCCAUCUCUCCUCCUCCUGUUUCUCCUUCUUCUUAUUUUUCCAUCCCUCCUGGAUUGAGUCCUGCGGAGCUUCUCGACUCCCCUGUUUUGCUGAGUUCAUCCAACAUCCUGCCGUCUCCGACUACAGGAUCAUUCCCAUCUCAAGCUUUCAAUUGGAAGCCAAAUUCUGGCAGGAGCCAGCUGAAUGUCAAACAGGAAGACAAGUACUUGUCCGAUUUUUCUUUCCAGCCUCAAUCACGCUUGCAAAAUUUUCAAUCUUCAAUGGAACAACAGCAAUCAUGGAAUUUCCAGCAACCGACAAAGCCAGAUAAUUUUUCCUCCGGGAAAAUCGUGGUAAAACCUGAAUUCACUCAGAGUUUCUCCUCUGAGAUUACAAAAAUACAGAGCAAUGGCGGGUUCCAAACAGAAUACAGCAAUUUCCAGCCGCAAUCGCAGUCAAUCAGGGAGAACAGAAGAUCAGAUGAUGGCUACAAUUGGAGAAAAUAUGGCCAAAAACAAGUUAAAGGAAGCGAAAACCCGAGGAGCUACUACAAGUGUACGUUCCCUAAUUGCCCCACCAAGAAGAAGGUAGAAAGGGCUUUGGAUGGGCAGAUUACAGAGAUAGUUUACAAGGGUAACCAUAACCAUCCUAAGCCUCAGUCUACAAGGAGAUCGUCUUCUUCUGCUUCUUCCAUGGCAUUUCAGAGUGGCAAUGCUCCUAACAGUGGAAUACCAGAUCAGUCAUUUGUAACACAAGGCAAUGGACAGAUGGAUUCCGGUGUUGGAACGCCCGAAAAUUCAUCUAUUUCGAUAGAUGAUGAGUUUGAUCAGGGUUCUCAGAAGAGUAACCUAGGAGGAGAUGAGUUUGAUGAAGAUGAACCUGAGGCCAAAAGAUGGAAAGUUGAAGGUGAAAAUGAAGGGAUUUCAGCUCCUGGAAGCAGAACAGUGAGGGAACCUAGAGUUGUAGUACAAACAACUAGUGAGAUUGAUAUUCUGGAUGAUGGGUACAGAUGGAGGAAAUAUGGGCAAAAAGUGGUCAAGGGAAACCCAAAUCCAAGGAGUUACUACAAAUGUACUUUUCCGGCAUGCCCUGUAAGAAAGCAUGUAGAGCGAGCAUGUCACGAUGCCAGCGCAGUGAUCACUACUUACGAAGGAAAGCACAAUCAUGACGUUCCAGCAGCUCGUGGCAGCGGGAACCACAGGUCUUCACAAGACAACAACAACAACAAUAGUAACAACGGAGCAGCAAUGGCGAUGAAAGCAUCAUCAGCUACCAACCAUCAGCCCAAUAACUCCAUGGCCAAUCCUGUUCGAGGUUUAAGGGCGGAUGCAACAUCAGAAGGGCAAGCAACAUUUAGUCUAGAUAUGUUGCAGAGCCCCGGAAGUUUUGGAUUCGCAGGAUUUGGUAACUCGAUGGGGUCUUUUAUGAAUCAAUCAUUUUCUAGAAGUAAGGAUGAGCCAAGAGAUGACAUGUUCUUUGAAUCCCUGUUGUGUUGAGAUGCAGAACAAAUUAAUUGCAAGAUCUUGGGGGGGUUGAAAAAUAAGAAGAAGCUUAUGAGGUUCAUAAUAGUUCAUUUGAUUAAUUACAUCUGUUUGUUUGUUUGUUGUAUAUUCUAGGGGUAGUGUAUACUCAGAGUUGUAUACUAUACAGCUAUUGAGAAAAGCUAUUUUUUUAUUUGUUUCGACUUUUGGUGUAUUCACAGGAAUUAAGUAGCUAGCCUCAAAUCACUUUACCUGUUGUACUACUUCUGUUCAUUUUUCUUCUGUAUUAAUUACACAAAAUAGUGGUAUUUAACUAAUUAUUGAUUUGCUUU